AUGUCUGCAGAUCCAACUUCUUAUUCUUCUUCUUCAAAUGCAAUCCUAAAUAAACUCAAUGAGUUUCUUACAAACGAAAACUACCACGAUCUACUCGCCAUUCUAAAAGGCACAAGAAAUGGUAUCGUUUAUGGUGCAAAAUUACGGUUCUGCCAUGCCCUUGUCAUGAGCUUUCUCUUCAGAUCAGGCCCAAUCAAAGAUCGCUGGCACGGUAUUGUCAAAAAUACAAAGCAACAUGCUAGAGCUCUUGGUUCAUUUGUUUUCGUUUAUAAAUCUGCUCUUUAUCUUUUAAAAUUAGCUCGCCCAUAUCUUACCACACCAUCACGUUUCUCUCCAUCUGCUUCUCUUUCUACAAAACUUCAAUCUACACUGGACGAUAUUAACACCCAUAAACAUCCAGGUGAAGCCUUUGUGGCAGGUUUAAUUGCAGGUUAUGCAGUUUUUGGGUACCCAGGUAAAAAUACAGGACUUGCUACAAUUAACCAACAAAUGGUUCUUUAUGUUUUCUCUCGCAUUUUCCUUGGUCUUUGCAAGUUAUUACUUGAUAAGAUUUUACAACAACUUUCAGUGAUUUCUCCAGAACCUUCCAAGUCUAGACAUUCUUCUGUUUCAUCAUCAUCAUCUUCAACUUCAACUUCAUCUACAUCUACAUCGUCUCACUCAAGUCAUAAACAUGUCAAAGGUGCUGUAGGAUUGAUUGAUUUCGCAACUCAAGUACGCAGACUUUCACCUCGUGCUCGUGCCAUUAGUAAUGCUGCAUGGUCUUUGUUUGCAGCCGUAUGUUGGGGUCUUGUCAUGGCUCUUUUCCGUAUGGACUCGACUCUGUUGCAAUCUAGUAUGGUCCAUUCGAUGAAGAAUCUAUAUGUGGACAGCGAGUCAUGGCACGGGUGGUGGGACUUUCUGUGGUGA